AUGGUCAAAGCAAUUUAUGACCAGUUUGGUAGAGAUAAUCAUAUUCCUUGUUUUGCCCACACUAUUAAUCUUGUUGUUGAGAAUUCAAUCUCAAAUUCUGAGGAAUUCAAACAAUUAUUGUACAAAGUCAGAGAAGUAGUGAAGUACUUUAAACGAAGUACUUUAUCUUCUGAUGAAUUGAGAAAAUUGCAAAUAAAUGAAGGAAAAAAGGAAGGGAAUGUCCAUAAACUUAUUCUAGAUGUGAAGACAAGAUGGAACAGCACCUUUUAUAUGAUUGAUAGAUUUUUAGUAUUGUCUAAAUUCGUUUCCGAUGUCCUUCUAAAAAAACCAUUAGAUCCUGAAAUGCUCACAGCAAGAGAGCUACAACAAUUGCGUGAAACGAUAAAAUUACUACGGCCAUUUGAGAAAGUGACUCUAGAAAUAUCCGGUGAAAAAUAUGUUGUUAUCAGUAAAAUUAUGCCCCUUUUGAAUUGUGUUACCAUUGAGAUAGAGUCAAUACAACCUAACUUAGAUAUUGGAAUUGAACUAAAAAGAAACAUUAUCGCAGAAUUGAAAAAACGGUUUGGUAAAAUUGAAUUUUUAUAUAUGAUUCCUAUAGCUACAAUUUUAGACCCUAGGUUUAAAAAUUUGCACUUCAGAGAUCCUGUAGCCUGUCAAAAAGCCAUAGCAGAGGUAAAAAAGUUAGCAAAAAAUUCAGUACAGGACACAAGCUCAACUGAAUGUUCAAGUAUGGAUGAAGAACAGAAAACUGAUAAUUUUGAUUGA